CGCCGCGCCGCCCUCCCGGCGGACACACACAAGAUGGCGGCGGCGGCGGCGGCGGGCGGCCGCGCCGGGUGGAUUCUUUGAGGGCGCCGCCAUGUUGGUGAGGGCAAUAACGGCGCCCGGGCUGCGGCGGUGGUGCCGGGGCCGGCGGGGCGCGGCCACCGCCUGUUUCCCGCUGGGCCGGGCGCUGUUGGGCGUGCGGGGCGCCGAAGCCGCCGUGUUCCUGCAGGGGCUGCUCACCAAUGACGUCACGAGGCUGCUGGCGGAGGGCGACGCCCCCCGCGCGCUCUACGCGCACGCGCUGAACGCGCAGGGCCGCUGCCUGUAUGACGUCAUCCUGUACAGGCUCCACAGGAGCACAGCAGAGGAGCCUCACAUCCUGCUGGAGUGUGACAGCAGCGUUCUGGACUCCAUCCAGAAACACCUGAAACUCUACAAGAUCCGCAGGAAAGUCACCAUCAGCCCCUGCCCCGACCUCUCCCUGUGGGCUGUCCUCCCUGGGGAUGCCAGCUCCCUCCCAAAAUGUGCAGACCAGGCUCUGCUCCUCACCCCAGACCCCAGGACAGAGGUCAUGGGCUGGAGACUGAUUGCAAAGAAAGGAGCAAAUCUGUCAGAGAUUAUCCCUGGGAGCCAAGUUGGAGACGUCCAGGAUUACCACAGGCACAGGUAUAAACAAGGAAUUCCCGAAGGGGUGAAAGAUCUCCCCCCUGGAGUCGCCCUCCCUCUGGAAUCCAACCUGGCCUUCAUGAACGGCAUCAGCUUCACCAAGGGCUGCUACAUCGGGCAGGAGCUGACGGCCAGGACGCACCACAUGGGCGUGAUCCGCAAGCGCCUGCUGCCCGUCAGCUUCCCGGAGCCGCUUCCCGCCGCCGGCCUUCCCGAGGGCGCCGAGAUCCUCACCGCGGCGGGGAAACGCGCCGGCACCUUCCGUGCCGGAGGAGGAGAGCUGGGGAUCGCCCUGCUGAGGCUGGCUCACCUCGGAGAGCCGCUCUGCAUCGCCCUGGGAGCGCACAGGGUAAAGCUCCACGCCGCCACGCCGCUGUGGUGGCCCCAAACCGCUGCUAAAUAGAGGAGGGAGCGCCUCAGGGAGAGGUUGGGAAUGCUGCUCUUGGCUGAGGGGGGGUCUUGAAGGAUAAACAGCAGGAACCCAAAGCUGUGGUAGGUCACUGGGUUGGAUCUGCUGUGGAGAAUCCAGGGAAUCGCAGGUUUUCCACUUUUUUAGGGGUGCUGUGAGUUGUUGGGUUGGACGCUGGAUGGAUCUCCAGGCUGACACUCCCUCACACUGUGCUCUCCCAAGCGAUGGCAUCAGGAGUUUCCCUGUGCCGUGCACUGAUUUUUUCAGUUCAGAAUAACCAUUCUGUGGUAUAACAAUUCUGUUGUUUUUUGUGGUUUUUUUUUUCGUUUGGGUUUUUUUUUUGUUUGUUUUUUUUUGGUUUUUUUUUUUGAGUGGAGGUCAUGCUGCUCUUAUCGAAAUGUAUUCUCAGGCUGAAGUUUUUUGCUGCAAAUUGAUCCUUGCAUUGAGCUUCUUAAACUUGCUGAUGGGGCGGGCGUUUCUUGCCACCACCGGAAUUGUGUUCAGAAAGAGGAACACCUUGUGCUUCACAUGUCAGAGCUUGAUUUUAACUCAUCCCAGCUGGGAAAGAAAGGUCUCAAACCUCCUGUCCUGUCUCCUGCUUUGGUGCCAGUGGAGGGAGCAGAGUUCCUCUGACUCCCUUCCCUCAAACCAUUUUUUUGGGAGAGGAAAAGGACAUUUUCAAUGCUGCACAUGCUGGCUUGGCCUGGCCUUGCUGAGGGAGGAUUUUCACCAUGUUCUGGCUCUGCACCUCCACGUUUUCUGUGUUCCUCACACCCUGUCCCUGCUGCCACCUGCAGUUUUGGAUGGAGGUUUCCUCCAUGGAAAACCUGGGGAUUUCUCCAUCCACCACCCCCAGCGUUUUCAGAGCAGCCCAAUGCUUUGGCAUUUCUUUGCUUCAUUUUUUUUUCUGGCUGCCAACACUCCUCUGCUUCCCCAAUUUUUCUUCUUGCUGCAACACAUUCCUCUCUUAUUCCAAAGCCAGCCAGCUCUGUGCCUCCUGACCCUGUCAACCUGCAGUGAUUUGUAGGAACCUUUUUUAUUUUUGUAUUGUAAUCAAUCAGUUUCACAAUGAGAGAACUGCCCAGGUGAGAUCCCAUUUUGUCCAAAACAAAAAAAAAAAGCGCCUUUGCAUGAAUAUUUGUAACAAAACCCGUCCAAAAUCACGUUCUGCCUCCGUUUCAGUGUUACAGUGAAAAGGAAUUUGUCUGUAAAAAAAAAAAAUGCUUAUAUUGAUUAAAACUCUAUGGUUGCUGUAAAA